AUGACUGUAUGGCGCAACAAGGACGACAACCGCACGUGUGAACUGCCGAGGUCACCGAAAGUGCUGGACGUGGACCCACUGGACGACCAAUACCUCGACGUGCUCAUCCGGCAAGUAGAGGACGUCUCCAUCUUCCUGCCAUCAAGUUAUCAUAGCAUCAUCCAACGGCACCCGGCGAUGGCCACGGCGGUCGCUAUCGAGCGCAAGCUGCGCGAGGGCCAAGCGAACGACGCGCUCAACAACCUCCGCACUCACAUUGCCGCACAAUACAGCCUGCGGGACCUACGCCAUUCUGCGCCUGGCCUGAAGCAUGGCAAAGAAGUGAGGGCGUUGGCCCGAGGGGAGCAGAAGAUCAGGGACUCAGCAAAGUAUGAGUAUCGCCGAGUGCGCGUGCUCCUUCGCAUGUUGGGGAUGUCGGAGGACGAUGAGAUCUAUCAGCCGCUACGUGAGGAGGAUGUGACGCACUUCGUAGUGGUCGAGGAGCAGUACAACUUGGGCGACGGGACGGUGCAGGAAAGCUGGCUGUGGCGUGAUUUCUCUUUCAUCCACCUGCAAGAUAACGAAGAGGUGACGGAGUUCUUGUUGCAAAAGACCAAGCCACACUGGUUUUGCUCCCGUGCGAAGUACGCCCGGUGGGCCGAAGAAGUACACCUCAAGUGCGAGGAGAUGUACCGGACGAAAGCCAUGUUCCAGUACAAGCGCGAAGUAUGGCAGGGUCGCGCUCGCUCGGAGACGUCGAACGGUUGGCUCGCGCGCGCGGCAUACGCGUGCAAGCAAGCGUACAGAUAUACAAUGUUGCUCGAGAAGGCGAGAGAAGCGUUUCUAGCGGACAUAGAUAUUGCCCUUGGAAUCCCGAAGGAGGUGCGCGCGGAUCUGGAGACCACCAAAUGA